UGGGUCAUUUCGAUUCGACCCGAAACCUCCGUAAAACCCUAGCUGCCGCUCUGACGAACAAAAUCCUCUCAGCCCCUCGCGCCAAAUUCCGCUCUCAAUCUCCUUCAAAUGGACUCAAAACCCGAUCCCCAUCUUUCAAACCCUAACCGCGGCCCGAUCAAGCCGACGAUGGAAUCGGAUACUCCCAAACAUUCCGAUGAUUUCAGCUCCAGAAGCAUCCAGUUGGGGCAUCAAAAUCCGAUCUUUGAGGCGCCCGUUGAUGAGAAGAUGGAGAAAGUGAGUUUGAUCGAGUCCAAAAUGGAUCCUAACUGUACAGUGGACGAUGUUGGGUACGUUGGGCUUCUAGGAGAAGUGAAGGAUGAUGGAGUUGGUGAUGGGGUAAAGGAAGCGAAAUCGAUUGGUGAGGAAAUCGGUGAGGAUUCUUCUAGUGAGAGUUCAUCUUCGUCUCUUCUCCGAGUAGCAGUGAUGAGGAUGAAGAAUCUUCGAGCAUCAGUGAGGAAAGAUGACGACGACAAUGAAGGCAAUGAGAUUGGGGAGGAAAUUGGAGCUGAAGAGGGGGAGGAAAAUGGUGAAGACAUAGAGGACGCGGUCUCGGGCAGCAGCGACGGAGAAGGGGCGGUUCCAAAAGGACCCAUCAAAUCAAAACACGAGAUCGAGGAUCUCCCUCCGGUCCCUUUGGUUGAAUUAUCUCUGGAACAACACCACCAGACAUUGCCAGUCGGAUUUGUUUCAUCUAUAUUGGGUAAUAGAGCCAUUGUGGAUGGCUCAGAGCAGCAUAGCCCUCUGAAUGAGGGAUCCAUUCUAUGGAUUACUGAAACCAGGUUACCCUUAGGAAGAAUUGAUGAAAUAUUUGGACCCGUGAAGAACCCCUACUACAUUGUCAGGUACAACUCAGAGAAGGAAGUUCCUCCAGGAAUCAGCGUUGGGACCGCUAUCUCAUUCGUCAUAGCUUUUGCCAGCCACAUUCUAAAUGAAAAACACCUCUAUCAAAAAGGAUACGAUGCAUCAGGCCUCGAUGACGAGGAGGUCGCUGAUGAUGUGGAAUUCUCUGAUGAUGAGAAAGAAGCGGAGUACAAGAGAUCUCUGCGUCAGAAUAAGAGAGAUACAAACCAUGGAAAUCUGCAGGCUGGAUUUAGCAAGAAGAAGGCUACUUCCAAGAGUGGUGGGUUUCACAAGGCCAAGCAACAGCCACCGGCCAAUCAACCAGGUCAAGUUCGUGCAUCUCCAGCUGCGGCGAAAUUUGGAUGCGGGUCUAAUCUCAACUUUGCUUAUGGGGCUGCAAAUUUAGGUAGCAUGGCUCCCUCUCGAACAUUGGAGCCGGCUUUUCCCCCUCAACCCCAGAAUAUGGCCAUACAAGGAGGACUUCCAAUGAAUUGGUUAGCAGCUCACCAGUUUGGAAAUCAGGUUUACAAUCUCCAACACGAGAAUCAGUUCUUUAACAAUUUCCCUAGUGGAAUAAUGCCAUAUCAUCAUCAGCACCUUGUUCUUAAUGCUGGAGUCCUUCCUACCAACUUCUCGGCUCUUGUUGGGCUCAUGAGCCAAGGUGGGUUGGGUCAAGUCCCAUUUGGGUGUGACCCUCAUUGCUCCAUGGCGCUGAGCAGUGAGCAGAGUUAUGUGCAGGCACCACUGUUUGUCAACCAAGGUGAGAUGAGGCCUCCUUCGAUGCAGUAUAAUGGUGAGCAGUUUAAUCAUGGGAGUUCGUCCUCUAGGGGAAGACUGCCUCAUCAUAGAGGAGGACAUCACUCCUUUGGCCACCGAGGAGAUACAAUAGCCACAAAAUUUCUGGAAUAUGUACACUGCAAAGCACACGAAAGAUGUCUUUUAUACGGUGACAAAAGCUUUGUUUGUGAAUCAGCUCUAUGA